CCAUUAUCCCAAACUCCAAAUAUGGCCCAAAAUCUCCUACAAACCAAUCCAUCCAAUCAUCCAUCCAUCCACUGCUUCCACAGUUUCAGUGGCUGUAAUGAAUUCCUUGAUUCCUCAAAAACCCAUCCUUCUAUUCCGCCACAUAAAUACAAGCGAUAAUUCGUAGGGAAUAUACCCCUACGUUUGUUAUUUUACCGAGUUUCGUAUGCGAAGAAAAGUGCCUUUUUUUCCUGUUUUUGACUGGUAAGCCACGCCGCUGUGGUACUGCUGAAGGAGAGCCCCACUUCGCAUCCGGGGAAGGGGAGACCGCCACACUCCUCUAAGGGAGUUAGUUUGUAUAAUCUUGGUAUUGAUAUUUGAGUCGUUUCUGGGGUUCGGAUAUUGAGUGGUACAUCAUGACUUCGAAGCCGUUGGACUAUGAAAACUUGAACGAGAACAUCAAGAAAUGCCAGUAUGCUGUCCGGGGUGAGCUGUAUCUCCGAGCCUCUGAGCUUCAGAAAGAGGGAAAGAAGAUUAUCUUCACUAAUGUCGGUAACCCUCAUGCUCUUGGGCAGAAGCCUCUGACGUUUCCUCGCCAGGUGAUUGCGCUCUGUCAAGCGCCGUUUCUGUUGGAUGACCCGAACGUAGGCCUCAUAUUUCCUGCUGAUGCCAUUGCAAGAGCUAAACAUUAUCUUGGACUCACUUCAGGGGGUUUAGGUGCCUACAGCGAUUCGCGCGGCCUUCCUGGAAUAAGAAAAGAAGUGGCAGAGUUCAUCGAGAGACGCGACGGAUAUCCGACCGAUCCCGAACUCAUAUUUCUAACCGAUGGCGCUAGCAAAGGAGUGAUGCAGAUCCUGAAUACGACCAUUCGUGGCGCAAGCGACGGGAUAUUGGUUCCCGUCCCGCAAUACCCACUUUACUCUGCGACGAUAGCUUUAUUGGGCGGCUCUCUUGUUCCGUACUAUCUCGAGGAGACUGCAAAUUGGGGUCUCGACGUCAACAAUCUUCGUCAGUCGGUUGCUCAGGCUCGAUCGGAGGGAAUCACUGUUCGAGCCAUGGUGAUUAUAAACCCCGGGAAUCCUACCGGGCAGUGCCUUAGCGAAUCGAACCUUAAAGAAGUGCUGAAUUUCUGUUACGAGAACAACUUGGCGUUGCUUGCCGACGAAGUUUAUCAGCAGAAUAUUUACCAAGACGAGCGCCCCUUCAUAAGCGCGAGGAAGGUUUUGAUGGGCAUGGGGCUACCGGUCAGCCGGGAGCUGCAGCUCGUCUCCUUCCACACUGUUUCGAAAGGCUAUUGGGGCGAAUGCGGGCAGCGCGGCGGGUACUUCGAGAUGACGAAUCUCCCGCCGAAGACAGUCGAGGAAAUUUACAAAGUCGCAUCCAUUUCACUCAGCCCGAAUGUUCCCGCCCAAAUAUUCAUGGGUCUUAUGGUUAACCCACCAAAACCUGGAGAUAUAUCCUACGACAGAUUUGUUAAAGAGAGCAACGGAAUCCUCGAGUCUUUGAGGAGGAGGGCACAAAUCAUGACCGACGGAUUCAAUAGCUGUAGAAAUGUCGUCUGCAACUUUACGGAAGGUGCCAUGUAUUCGUUCCCUCAAAUUCGGUUGCCCGCGAAGAUAAUAGAAGCGGCCAAAGCUGCCGGGAAAGAACCCGAUGUUUUCUACUGCCUCAAGCUUCUCGAAGCCACCGGGAUUUCCACCGUCCCCGGAUCUGGGUUCGGUCAGAAGCCUGGGGUGUUCCAUCUGAGAACCACGAUCCUACCGGCGGAGGAAGACAUGCCGGAAAUCAUGGCCAGUUUCAAGAAAUUCAACGACGAGUUCAUGGAUCAGUACGACGAGUACGCCGGCUACUCGAGAAUCUAGAUGGGUCGAGCUCGCGAGCUCUUUGUCGCUCGUCGUCGUCGUUGUAUUUCAUAUGUUGCUAUAACUGUAUUAAUGUCUACUGCUUGCUAUUAAUCUGUGUAAACUACAUUUUACCCU